UAAAGUUAAACGACUCUGCAAUAGCAAAAAUUUUUGUUUAUUGUUUACAAAAAAAAAAAAUAUUGUCCAAUAUCGAAUGAAUUUGUUUAGUUUAAUUUUUAUAUUUUUAAAUACAAUUCAGCAUGGAUUCUUGUCUACUUUGUUUGGAAAUUAAUACAAGUUUGGAUAAUGAAUGUAUUAAAGUAAAUUCAGAAAAAUGGCAACAACAAAACAUGAAAGCUUUAAUAGAUAAACACUUGUGGCCGAUGGAACAACUAAACGCUGCCUCUUGGGUAUGUAAAGAUUGUGGAACUGAAUUGUAUGAUUUUCAUAAAUUUUACAAACGUAUCGAGUUGGCUCAACAAAAGUUUGGGCCAGCUUUAAAAAGUGAGGAUGAAACUGAAGAUUUUGAAGCGAAAGAUAUGGAUUGUGACAGUGGCGAUUGUAAAGAUAAUCUAUUUGUUAAGAAUAUCUUAGUGGAAAGUCAUCUAGAGCCACAAGUUAUUAUGGAACAACCUUUACCCACAGAGUUUAUAUUAGAAGGACCAUUUAUUAAAAGUGAAAUAGAAGAAAUCGAUCAUGAUGAUAUUCCGCUUAAACAACUAAGAAAGAGAGGACGACCAGCAAAGGAUGCUUUGGAAGAAUCUACUGAAACUAGCGAAGAUCCAUUAAAGAAAACUAUAAAAUAUAAAACUAAAAAGAAAGUAAAAGACAAACUAUCAGAAAUUACAGAUGAAAUAGAUAAUUUUCAGAGCUCCCACAAUAAAAUAGAAACAGAUGAAUUGGAUGUAAAAACUAAGACUUUAACUCCAAUAAACAAUAAAGAUAACAAUGACUCUGAAACAGAUACCGAGGUAACUACAACGGAAAGGUCAAAAAAGAAAAACCAUCGAAAUUUAGAUGAUAAAACUCUAAAGGAAUACGAUAAAAUUAUAGCGGAUAAUUUUAAAAUUUUCUGCGAUAUUUGUCAAAGUGCCAUGGAUAACUUUUUAUCACUGCGACGACAUUUUAAAGUAGAACACAAACAACGUGGCUAUGCUCGCUGUUGUAAGAGGAAUUUCUUCACACGCUCCCUAUUAGUAGAUCACAUAAAUGUUCACCUAAAUCCCGAAUAUUUUAAAUGCGAUCAGUGUGGGAAAGUAUUUUCAGAUCGUAGUCGUUUGCAAUGUCAUAAGAAAUUGCAUGACGAUGAUAGUAAACUGGAUAAAUGUGAUAUCUGUGGUAAAUUGUUUGCUGAUAAAGGAGCUUUAAAGAAACACGUCUUAACACAUUCCUCUCAAAAAUUGUUUCCCUGUACAAUAUGUGGUAAAUACUUCACCAACUCCUUCAUCUUAAACCAUCACAUUGAGGCAGUACAUCAGAAUAAAUUUGUACAAAUUUGUGAUAUUUGCGGCAAAUCCAUACGUUGUCCCACAGCCUUUGCCAGUCAUAUGGAAAAACAUGAAGUAAAAUCGACUCCUAUUAGUUGUGAUGUUUGUGGUCUUUUGCUUUCCAAUAAAGAGGGUCUAAAACGUCACAAAAAUUCCCAACAUCCAGAGGGUGGCAAAAAAGAACACACCUGCCAUAUCUGUUCAAAAGUAUCGCCCACACAAAGGGCUCUUAAAUCACAUAUACGUUCAGUGCACGAACAGGGCUUCGAUUACAAGUGUAGUUUGUGUGAAAAGUCAUUUAAACGGCCGGCCGUUUUAAGGGAACAUAUGGCUACACAUACGGGAACGGCUUUAUAUACAUGUCCAUGGUGUCCACGAACAUUUAUUUCGAAUGGAAAUAUGUAUAAUCAUCGUAAAAAUGCUCAUCCAAAAGAAUGGGAAGAGUUGAAACGUCAAAAAUAUGCCGGAAAUAUAUCGUAGUAUCUAAUUAAAGUGUAAUUUUUUUUAACGUAAUUUAAUUUAAUUUAUUAAGUCAUAAAACAAAAUUCUUUAAUGAUAUUACAAUAAUCGUUGACGUCUUUAAGAUCUUUGAAAAUCUCUGUGUACACUAUCUGAGAGAAAGUUUGAUGAAAGUGUUGCCACUGCAGUUUGGUAAAGGUGAACAUGUAGAUUUUGGAAAUCUACAUUUUGAUUUGGUUUACAGUUCGUUUGCUCUUUACCCUGAAGCAGCUUUGAUAUGACACCUGAUUCUGAACGUUGCUAUUGAGCGUAGACUCUAAUUUUUCUAAGCGUUCGGGAAAAGAUAAGACAAAAUGGAGAGUUUACAUAACAUCUUAUAACUUAAGUUAAUGCUGUAAAAGUCUAAAGCACAGGUUAACCUCGAUGGUAUAUCCAUGCUGGUUUUAAAACAUUCGACUGAUAGUUUUCAAACUGCCAUAACCAACGUCUAGGAAAAGGGUGGAUCAUACAGAUCCUCAAACAUAGAUUGGACGAAAAUUAGGAAAAAGCUUUCCUAAAGGGUAUAGUUUUGAAGCAAACAUUAAAAAAACACCUAGAGUUAAUCAAUGAGUUUCUCAGCAUGGAUUCUUAAACUCUUACAUGCAAACUUUCCCGCUCCAAUUCCGAAGUAGAAACAAUCUUUUUUAAUGAGCUAGCAGUGUGAACAUAGAAACGGGGAACUAUCAUGGGUAACAUGCAAGCCAUUGAAAACAUGAAGACAUAAUAAAUUGGAAAUGACAAUUUUUUUAAUUUACAUCAGUAAUUUCGAUAACUUUUCUUAAAUAUAUCAUAUAUUUCAUUAUUUCAAGUUCAAUUCAUUGUUGAUCACAUUAAUAAAGUUUAUUUUAUAGA